CUCAUUCCUAGAUUAAUAUCGUGGGUCGCUUGUCUCAGCCACUACAUGAAAAUUAGAUUACUUGUACCCGUAUAGCCGUGUGUUAAUGCAAACUAUAUUGUCGGUAAACAAGAUGGCGGACAUUUUCAAUAUUUUGAUGCUGGCGUUUAUAGUUCCUUUUGUGAGCGCGAGUGCUUAUUGUCGCACGUACAUAUAUCGUGGCGCUUCGGUGGAAUACUGUUUUGAUGGCUGUUGUACUGACUACGGAAAUCCAGGCUAUGACAAAUGUUGUGACAGUAGUUCCGAGGCCGUCACUCGUGUUCUUGCUGUUGGAGCUAUCGUCGCCAUUGUGGUUGGCUGUGUGGUUCUGGUGGUCAUUGUUGUCAGUGUCAUCCUCUGCUGUGUCUGCUGCAUGCGGAACUCACGUAGGACGCAAGGACAAAUCGUCACUUCGGCAGCUAGCGGCCCUUAUGUCAUGAACCAGAUGACACAAGGGGUACAUACGGGACAGGCACCAUACGGUCAGCAGCCAAACCCAGCUCAGCCGCCCCUUCAAACCGAUAAUAUGGCCCCUGGAACUACCGCUGUCAACAACCAUGGAACGCAGGACUCACCGCCUUAUGAAAAGGGCAUAGCCUAUUAGAAAACAAACUUUGAGUACUCUUAAAGCAUUCCAAAUCGCUUACUGUUUUAUUAUUGUAGUUUAAACAGAAGUCAGUACGUUACUCCGUGUGACAAAAACUCAACAGGCAACAAUGAAUUUACGUACGUCGAUCGGUUUUUAAGACCAUGUUCAACUGCAUUUACUUAAAAUCAGUCUUUCAAAUAUUAACUAUUAAAUAAACGUUAGUGUGCUUUUAUACAAAAAUAUAAGUAGGGGUCGUGAUGGUAAUUAUGACCAAUAAAACUGAUUUGUCGACCUUAGUUACCAUGUAUGAUAUUGCGCGCCUCGCUUAUCUUUGAUAGUUAUCACCCGCAUAUGUUUUCACGUCUCUUUAGACCACAGCAUAUUGUAUAAAAUAUAUAGAAAGCAGUAAUUUAUCAUGGCAAAAAGACGCGUUUUUAUUCAAACUAUACAAUAUUUAUGUUCCAAUUAUAUACAGUCCUCUAAAUUUUGCGAUGUUUUACUACUAAGCAUGAUCGGAUGAGUACUCUGAGCUUCUUAAGUGUUAAGUUUUACAAUAUCAUCCCAUACUCUUGUCAAUAAAUCAACGUUCUGCUUCGUUUAAUCAUAAUGUCUUGUCGAUGCUAUUCCAUACCAAAACUUGCUAACGUUUACCGAGAGACAAUCAAUUUAAGGCUUUUUAGCUAUGAACUUUGCGCGCAAUUCGAUCGGAACACUAGAUAUAUAGGGAGAUGCAGGAAAUCAAAAAGUUAAUUUAAAGUUGUUCGAACUGCAUGUUAAUACUAUCAGUGGCGGUCCAGGAUUCCACGUAAGAGGGGCGUUACUUAGGGUGUAACCUUUUGAAUUGAUCCCCUUUCUCAGAACGGAAAUGUAUAUUGUUAAUGUGUUAAUAGGGGGUUUUGGGGUACUCCCCCUUGAAAGGUUUUCUCCUUAAUUGAAAUUAAAAAUUAAC